GGAGAAGCAGGGGGCUGGGGUUAGACGAGGGGGUGGCCAAACAGAGAGAGAGAAGGGAGAAGGGAAAGAAAAAGCAUGAGAGGGAGAGAGAUGGGUAUAACUUUGGGAAAGCCAGGAAGAGACAGCACUGCACAGUUAUUUACUUUAAGAUUCUUUUUUUUUUGGUGAAUUUUCUAAAAGUCUUCAACAAGAAGACAAGAAAGCAUUUUGUGCUUGAUGUCCUGACUAAAUAGCUGUUUUCCUUUUUUUUUUUUCCAUCUGGAGCGAUUGCUUGUUUGAUUAAUCUAAUCACCAGUAAAGAAAAUAAAAACCCAGAAAUCUGAAAAUUUCUCCAAACGUAGCUGUCGUUCAGGCUCGUAUCGGAGCUUUAAAGUGGACUGGAACACCACGUGUAGACACUCUCCAACACCUGUUGCAAAGGAUUUUCCUGGAGCAGUGUCAUGGACUCCUGUUGCUCUGUUGCCUGAGGGAAUCAUCGUGUCUGUUAUCUACUGACCGGCCUUCAGCGAGUGUUAAAGUUGAAGUGUACCUGCCUGUUAAGGGUAGAAGCAGAAGAUGUCAUCCUAUUACCCUCGCACCAAAGACCUGACCCGCACCAGGAAGUCAGUGACAGAUUCACCACCAUCUUCUCCAUCCUAUACAGACAAAAACUACAGACAUGAAAGACUGUCGAGAUACGAUUCCACUGGAGAAAGUGCCACAGACAAACCUAUGGGCCGCACCAGUUCUUACACAAGGAGAGAGACGAGGCUGGCGGCUCUGAGUAAACAAGAGCAAGACUCCACUGCCAAAGACUAUAAGAAGAUGUACACAGAAGCUUUGCAAGAAAAUGAAAGACUCAAGUCCAGACUUCAGGACAGCAAACAAGAGUUGGUGAAGAUUCGCUCCCAACUGGAGAAAGUUGCUCAGAGGCAGGACAGAAUGUCAGAGCGAUCCACUGUUCUUGAAACGGAGAAAAGGGAAAAACAAGCACUGGACAAAAGAGUCACAGACAUGGAGGAGGAAAUAAAGGCUUUCCCUGCCCUGGCCCAGGUCCAGGCUUUGAGGAGAGUCAACGAGUGUCUCCUGGCUGAAAACAGAGCCAUGCUGCGUGUCCUCACUCGCCUCUCUGAAACAGCCUCCAUGCCGGAGACAGAGGACCUCUGAUCCUUGGAAUCGUCUGGCCUAAUUUCCUCCCUGCUGUCUCCUUCCUGCGCUGUUUAACUUUUACACUUCUCUUUCCUUCUGAAGCUGUCACAGCUUUCACCCCUCAUUCUGCUGUCCUCCCCUCAGGCAGGUCCUAACCGAACUCAAGUCAGACAACCAGAGGCUAAAGGAUGAGAACGGAGCUCUCAUUCGAGUAAUCAGCAAACUGUCAAAGUGAAAAGAUGUCUGAAGUUCUUGUUCUUGUGCCCCGACCUUGAUUCAGCAGUUUAAUUAUUCACAAGGUCCCACGUUUUACCUCCUCUAUCAGUUAUUGAUAGGCCACUUUUGAAGCUCUUAUAGACAUGGUGUGUUGAGCAGACACUUCAGUUUUCUCACCUUGCAAUAUUUUCUAAUAUUACAUAGUAUAUAUUAUUUAUAGCAUAUAGUACUUUUCACAUCCACAAACAAGGGAACAGGUGUGCUAUUUGGACUGCAGUGUCUCUGAAAACAUAGAAAUACCUUUGAACUUUUCCUAUACUGUGUGAUAUCACACUGUUGCUUCACUUUUGUUAGUACUAUUUGCAGCAUAUGGUUUUAAUAAUGCUUACAUAAUCUAUAAGAUUUGAUGAUUUACUGGAACAUACCAAUGGACUUGAGAAUACAUUCUUUAUAUUUACUCCCCAAUUGAAUUGUGUUUUUUUUUCUCAAAAAUAAGAGCAAUACCUGAAAGAUAAAACAUUGUGGCUAGGUUCUAGCCACAUGUUUUUUGAUGCAUCAUCCAGAUGAAGGACAGUUCAGUGGCCUACAAAUGUUUUAUUUACAUUUAUAUCUUCAUCACAAAGAAAAAAACAAGUCACAAAAAUAUUUUGUUUUCACCAGAAUACAUAAAAACCCAUGAAUCAGACGUGCUUAUUACUAUCCAUAUAAAAUGUUGAAAAAACUAAAGACUAAGGAGGUAUUUCUGUAAAUAAAGAUGAAAGACUGAUUUAAAUGUAUUUAUUACAAUGUAUUAAUAUAAAAAAUAUAUGUAUUUUAUUUGUACUCUGUGUUCACAUGUUAUCCUUUGGAGAAACACACUUUUGUUUGUAUUGAUUGGGCUGCAGAAGAGGCCCUCCUUGUUUGAAAUAAUAAAUGAAUUUUAAAACCAUGACAUUCUAAAACCAAACAAACUCAUUGCCCAAUAAAAUGUUUCUGAAUUGCUAAAGCAACUGCUUAUUUUUUUAAUCUGAAGCUUCAUUCCAAUUUUAUUAAAAUUUUCAUUUUUUAAUCAGAAUUGUCACAUCUUUAACUGUGAGUUACCAGAUUGUCUAAAGCAGGGGUUUCAGGUUUGCAAGAGAAAUUCACAACAUUUAUACUCAGAGGAUAAAUUGGAUUGUUUUGUAACUGACCCUCACAGGAAAUAAAAACCUUGCAAAACUA